AACCAACUCAGGUUGUUUCUAGUUUUCACUUCUUUUUUAUUUUAUUUCCGCAUUAAAGGUGGAGACUGUUAGUGGGACAGCCCUGCUGUGUUGCGUUUGGGGAAGUUGCUCAAUAUUGGAAAGGCACAUUUCCCUUCACCGCAAAGCUAAAUGUUCCGCUUAUCCGGUUUUAGCAGUGCUGUAUCCGCAGUUUAUUUACCUUUCAAAGGUUGAUCAUUUUGUCGACAUGGCGGUCAGAUAAAGCCAGAAUAGCAGGUAUCAUCAGAAGGUCUUUGUCGAGAUGAAUAGUUCUUUGACUUCCGCUACUUAUGUUCGCAACAUCAGUUACGGUCUGCGCCGCCAGCUGUCCGACUUUCUGGACCCUCAGGACAGGUGGAUGGACGUGAUUGUGUCCAUACGGAAGCCGAGUGGGGAGCUGAGGUACUCCCAGCUUCACGUCAGGAGGUUUGAAUGUCUUAUGGCUCAGGGGAAGAGUCCCACCGUGGAGCUGCUGAAUGACUGGGGGACCAGCAACUGCACAGUGGGAGAACUGGUGGAUAUUUUGAAGAGCCACAGGUUGCUGGCUGCUGCUAGUCUCCUGCUACCUGGGGAAGACUAUUUAUCAGAAAAGACACAGCAGCUUUCUCCACCAUUACAGACUAUUACAGAUUCUCCAACCAGACCGCUGGGUGAGAGACAGAAUCAGUCCCCGCCUGCCGGAUCAGCCCUAGAGACACAAGUACUGAGUGGAAACAGUGAAAAAGGACACACAGUGUCAGGGUUCUCCAGUUUUAUGUACAGUGAGCUGAGAAGGAUCACGGGCAACUUUGACGACCGUUCCACCUCAAAUGGUGGCAACCGACUCGGAGAGGGGGGCUUUGGCACUGUAUACAAAGGUUUUCUGAACAACAGACCUGUGGCGGUGAAAAAACUAAACCCUAUGGAUGGCAUGCCUCUGGACAAGCUGCAAGAUCAGUUUAACCAAGAGAUCCAGACUCUGAGAGUGUUGCAACACGAGAACUUGGUUGACAUGGUUGGAUUUUCUUGCGAUGAGCAGCACCUGUGCAUAGUGUAUGCCUUCAUGGCAAAUGGAUCUUUGCUGGAUCGACUCGCUUGUUUGGAUGGAAGUCCUCCUCUUUCUUGGCAACAGAGAUGCUUGAUUGCGGAAGGGACCGCUAGAGGUUUGGAGUACCUGCACAGCAACCAUCACGUACACAGAGAUGUUAAAAGUGCAAACAUCCUGCUGGAUGAGAACUUUGUGGCGAAAAUCUCUGACUUUGGGCUGACGAGAGCAUCAGCCAAGCGCACGUCUACGACGAUGAUGACGGAGAGGAUUGUGGGGACCCGUGCGUACAUGGCCCCUGAGGCCCUGAGAGGACAGAUCACCCCAAAAUCUGAUGUGUUCAGCUUUGGUGUGGUGCUGUUAGAAAUAUUGUCCGGACGUCCGCCAGCUGAUGAAAACAAGGAGCCCCAGUUCUUGAUGGAGAUCAGGGACGACAUAGAUGAUGAGGACGAAGAUUUGACUCUGGAGAUGUUUGUGGAUAGAAAGAUGACGGACUGGGAACUGAGCCAGGUGGAGAGCAUCUACUGCUUGGCUUCUAACUGCCUGGACGACAGAAAAAACAGACGGCCAGUCAUCAAACAGGUUCUUUCAGAGAUUCACAGUGUUGUCAAAAGCAAUUCCUUGGACUCUUAGGCAGAGGCAAACAAGCUCAAUUCUUCUCUGAUGUCCAGACUGACAAGUUUCCUGCUUUUUGACAUUAAAAUGUUUAGCAACAAUGUUUCCAUUUUGUAUUUUCCAAGGCUUUAAUGCAAUUUUUUUUGUUGUUACAGGCUAAAUGUGCUGUAAAAUUCUAGUGUAAGGCUGUUGUUUUUAUAUUUUUGAAUAAAUACAAUGAAUUAAA